AUUUUUGUCCUUGAAUCCUUUAAUCGCGUUAAACCUCUUUGUCUUCUUCUUCUUCAUUCUCCUUCAUUCUCGUCAUUGCCCUACUUGUGUUUUCUACUGUUGUUUAGUUUGCAAGUAGAAGCAAUAGUUACCCAUUCAUAUUCUUCGCUUUCUGUUUCUUAUUCUUAUGCUCUCCUCUACUUCGACUUUUUCUUCUUCUACUUUGCCUACUUUUUCGGUCGCGCAUGCAUCUAAACUGUUGUAACCCCUCCAUUUCAUGCUUCCAACUUCCUGCUUCCUCUUCCUUCUUUGAACUUCCUUCACAUCAACUCUUUUCUCCCCCUUUCUCUUUUCCUUUACCUAUCGUGUCAUUUCUCAUCUCCUAUCCCUAUACUCCACUCACAUAGAGAAAAGAGAAAUAGCCUUGUCUAACGGAAUCACACAGUUCAUUCACUCUCAUUUCAGUGUCAUUUGAAAUGACAUUGUUGUCACAGAAAAGACAUGGGUCGAUGAGGUCCAUUUGGUCCAUGAGUAUGACGACGACAACUACUGCUUUCUUGCUGAUAGUAAUGGUCAUUGUCUUGUCAGCAACAUCAGUAACUACAACGCUGGCUAUUCCAACACCUCUUGGGGGUCUCUCAAGACAAUCGAUUGCAGAUGUUCCCGAUCCAUUAGAUUACUCAACCAGUCAAAAGAGAGUGUUACCUCCAUCAUUAUCAUUGCUACGAAAGCGAGAUAUCCCUGCAGGGAUGCCUCUGACUUGUACAACCGACUUUGAAUGUCUCCAGGUGACUCGUCCUGAGAAUUGGCCACGCAAUCAUGCCAAGGUCCAGGCAGGCACCUAUGCCUGUGUCUUCAGUAGUAGCUCAAACGGUGCAACCAACAGGACAGGAACCUGUCAAUUUGUCGUCACUGCAGGGGAGCAAUGCAGUGUUGCAUCUGACUGCGCAGCCUAUGCUUUUUACACACAGCGCAACAUCCCCAUCCCUGCUGAUUUAUGCUCACCAAGUCACUGCACUCUAGAGUCGACUUGUGGUAGUCCCUGGCAAGAAAGCUAUGCCCCCACGAACCACUCGUUCUCAAGCGAUCGAGAUCAUAGCCAAAUUAGCUGUUGUGGAGGACAGCCUGCAGGCCAGAUCUGUUCCUUGGUUGGAAACAAUGUCGAUAGUUGCGCAUACCACAACCUCUGUCAAUUUGAUCUCGAUGAUGUCAUGAAGGGUCCAGGCGACGAGGCACACCCUUCCAGUGAUCCUUCCUUCAAUCAUGGUUACACAUUGGAUCAGAUGCGAGAGCAAGGAUUGGGUUUUUGUCGAAAAAUCGAUCAGCGCAAACAUGUCUGGAUCGGAGUGGUCAUCACCUUGAUCUCAUCCACAGUAUUGAACUUGGGAUUAAAUGGACAAAAGUAUGCGCUACGUAAACAUGAUGAAAGACGAGUUCUCAAACAGCUGGAAAUGGAAGAAGAGCAUGAGCGAUGGCGCCAAGAACUGGGCUGGUCUGAAGAACAGGUGCAACAGGAGGCUGACCGUUUGUAUGAGGAGAAGGAGAACCGACAUGGAAAGCUCUAUCGUCGAUUGAAGCCUUACAUGUUUUGGCGCAAUAUUUUUGUCUCCAAGCUCUGGGCAGCAGGUCUUGCCGUGUUUAUUAUCGGAAAUUUAGGAGGGUUCAUAGCACUUCGAUUCGCACCUCAGUCGCUGACAGCACCUCUAGGAUCAAUCUCUCUUAUCUCCAACGUUAUUAUCGCACCCCUAAUCAACAAGGAGGUCCUCGGAAGAUGGGAUAUUGCUGGCAUCUUUUUCAUUGUCGCAGGAUCUGUCAUUGUCGUCGUAUUUUCAGGCAUUGUUGCGCAAGAUUACAAGCUGUGUGUUCUCAUCAACUUGUUCCAUAAGCCGGCCACAAUCAUCUAUCUGACAUUUAUUGGUGUCUGUAUCGUCUUUACCUUCUUUUUUAUCCAGUUUGUUGAGAAAAAUGUCGAGAACGAGGCAGAUGUAGCCAUUGGUGUCUCCUCCGAGCAGCAAUUGAAGAAAGAAGGGCGGCUCUACAGGAUCAACUCCAACAAAAGCACCCAAAGCUUGGCCUUUCAGGAACGGUCAAAAAAUCCAUCCAUCCAUGGAGCACUCGUGUCGUCUGGAGCUAACCUACGUGAUGCAGAAGAAGGGCGAAAGGCGAGAACUUCAACGUCCAAGGAGCCGAGCUCUGAGAAACAGAAACAAGGACAGGAACAACUCAAUGAUAUUUCAUUAAAUAGGACAUCAUUGGAUACACCUGCUCGGUCAUCCACCCAACAACAGAAACAAUGUGAUGGCGCAUUGAAAUCGAGUCGUAGUCAUCACACGAUCACAAGUGAGGCAUCUGGAACAGCUAUAGGAGCAUCAUCUACUGUUCUUUAUACGGAGCCUCCACAGGAUAACUGGAGACCUUCGUUUGGAUCUAGCAGAAGCAACAGCAGCCAAAACUCUAUUGCAGAUCUGGAAAGUAAGGUCCCAUCCUCAACAUCCAACGCUGUUGAAGACAAACAAGAACCCAAACUCAAGUUUGGUGGAUCAGUCAUAGGCUCUGCAGAAUUGGGAACAAGCACUCCAGGAGCUGUUGGAGAACAUGAUACUGUGGCUGCGACUGGAUCUUCAUCACGUCAGGGGCUGAGCCGUAUGCCGUCUAUCACACCUUCUGUGAUGUCCACACGUCGCCAUCGUAGAGGCCAAAAGAAGUCACAUCAUCAUAAUGGAGUACCCUUGACGUUCUGGGAGCGCGUGCGACAGAUUGAGAUUAUUCCCACAUUGCCCGAAGAAAAGUUGAUCCGACGCAAUUCACCUUUGCUGCGUUUCUGUCUGCCAUUAGCGUACGCGGGACUUGGAGGAAUGAUGGCAUCGUAUACUGUGUUGUUUGCAAAGUCACUGAUCAACCUGCUAGUGACCAGUAUCUUUGACGGCCAAAACCAAUUCACAUCGUUCAUUGCAUGGGUGAUCCUGAUUGUUACGGUGGUGACGGCGAUUUCGCAAGUCUACUGGAUUAACAUGGGACUGAAGAAGUAUGAUGCAUUGCUUCAAGUGCCUGUCUUCUUCACAAUCUGGGUCCUUUUGGAUAUCGUGGGUGGAGGCAUCUAUUAUGACGAGUUUGCAGGUUUCACAGCCAAGAAAUAUGCCUUGUUCUGUUUGGGUGUAUUGAUUGUCUUCUUUGGAGUCGCACUGUUGGCGAAACGAUUGGCCGUAUUGGCAAAGGAGGAUGCAGGAGACCCUGAACUGCAGGCAGCUUCAAGGAGAGAGUCAAUUUUGAAGGAGAUUAAAGAGGCAAAAGAAUCUCCUGAGACUUUAAAGAAGACUGCUGGCACUUCCGGAGCUACAGCUGGGGUUGGAAAGUAGAGAUGACGGAGCAGGAUCCAACUCAAAAUAAUCAUUUUCAUCACUUUACCUACUACCAUACUAUUUCUUUUUAUUUUUCAUUUUUCAAUUUUCAUUUUUCUCUAAUGUCUAAUGUCUAAUGUCAUACAUGUCGUUAGUCACCAUUGUACUGUAUAUUAGCAAAGAAAAAUAUAAAUGUAAAUGUUGGCAUCUCAUAAUAAUGAAAUUGUAUUUCAAAC